AUGAAAUUAACUGGUAAUUCUAUUUUAUUAUAUUUUUAGUCUAAAUAAUUUAAAACUUAUAAAAAUACCUGCCUUUUUUAUUACUUCAAAUAUUGAUUCAGUAGUUUCACAUGAAUAAACUGAAAAACUAUUUAAUAAUUAUUAAGGAAUAAAAACUAUUUAUUACACUAAUUAGGAUCAUAAUGAAACAAGAGAUUUUACUUUAGUUGAUAAUAUUUUAUGUUGGUUAAAUAUAUAAUUAUAAAGUGUUUGUUAAAGAAUAAAAUAGAAAAUAACUUUCAAAGAUCAACCUAUUCCAAUCAAAUUGAUUGAUCUCAAUAGUUUCAAUAAUAAAGAAAGAUCCUCCACUUUUGAUGGUAAAAAUGAUAAUAUUUUAGAUAAUAGGAUUAUGUCAAUUUCCCCAAAAUAAAAGAUUACAAAUCAAUAAUAGAGAUUUUAAUAAGUUCUUUAAACAUAAAGAUCUGUUUUCAUUGAAAGAUCAAUUUCAACAAAUAAAAUGAAUAUUUCUGUUGAUACUUAUGAUACUAAUUAAAUCAAAUUAAUGAAUUAAAAUAGAUUUAAAUAAUAAAAUUAUUUCAACCAACAUACUAAACCAAUAACUUUUACAAAAGUACCAAAUAAAACCAGAGAUUCAAGUCAUCAUCGAUAUUGA